GGGCGGCGGCCAUGGCGGUGCUGCUGGAGACCACGCUGGGCGACCUGGUCAUCGACCUGUACACGGAGGAGCGUCCCCGCGCUUGUUUGAAUUUUCUGAAGCUCUGCAAAAUCAAGUAUUACAACUAUUGCCUUAUUUAUAAUGUACAGAGGGAUUUUAUUAUACAAACUGGUGACCCCAUGGGAACUGGCCGUGGAGGGGAAUCCGUAUUUUGUAAACUAUAUGGUGAUCAAGCUAGAUUUUUUGAGGCAGAAAAAGUGCCAAGAAUUAAGCACAAGAAAAAGGGAACCGUGUCAAUGGUGAACAAUGGCAAUGAUCAGCAUGGAUCACAGUUUCUUAUUACUACAGGGGAAAACCUGGAUUAUCUUGAUGGUGUGCAUACUGUAUUUGGAGAAGUAACAGAAGGCAUGGAUGUGUUGAAGACAAUUAAUGAAACCUUUGUGGAUAAGGAUUUUUUUCCAUAUCAAGAUAUCAGGAUAAAUCAUACGGUAAUUUUAGAUGAUCCGUUUGAAGAUCCACCUGGCUUGUCUAUUCCUGAUCGUUCACCAGAACCUACUAAGGAACAGCUAGAUAGUGGCAGAAUAGGGGCGGAUGAAGAAAUCGAUGACUUGAAAGGACGGUCUGCAGAGGAAAUAGAAGAAUUUCAGGCAGAAAAAGAAGCAAAAACUCGUGCCAUUCUUCUGGAAAUGGUGGGAGACUUACCAGAUGCAGAGGUUAAGCCACCAGAAAAUGUACUGUUUGUUUGUAAACUGAAUCCUGUGACCACAGAUGAAGACCUAGAGAUAAUAUUUUCGCGAUUUGGUCCCAUUAAAAGCUGUGAAGUAAUCCGAGACUGGAAGACUGGUGAAUCUCUUUGUUAUGCUUUCAUUGAGUUUGAAAAGGAGGAAGAUUGCGAGAAAGCCUACUUCAAAAUGGAUAAUGUGCUAAUAGAUGACAGGCGGAUACAUGUGGAUUUUAGCCAGUCUGUUGCAAAGAUUAAGUGGAAAGGAAAAGGUGGGCAGUAUACCAAGGAUGAUUUCAAAGAGUAUGAAAAGGAACGUGGCAAACCUUCAAAACUUGCUCUGAAAGAGAAGGUAAAACCAAGGCAAGAUGCCAAGUAUGACCUUGUGCUGAAUGAGGAAACAGAAGAAUCUGAAACAAGUCAUUCACACUUGGCUAAAAAACAAAAGAAGAAAAAGCACCACCACUCUGAAGAUGAAGAGGAUGACAAGAGAACCAAAAAAUCUAAGGAUGCAGAUCGAAAAUAUGAAGGAGAACACUGUAGAGAGAAGAAAAAGAGUGAGAAGAAAGACAGGCAUCGUAGUCGCAGCCGAUCUGAAGAGAGACAUUACACUUCCAGCAAACAUAAAGACAAAUACAAAGAAGAUUUCCGAGUAAGAGACUGGGAUAAAAAGACAGACAGAAGCAGAAGUCCUAAGAAAUCAAAAGACAAAGAGAGGUCCAAGUAUAGCUGAAAGAGGAGGAAAAGAUGCAGAGGGGAGCUACAGCACUGUUUUUUCCUGCAUUUCCAAUGUGCUGUCAGAUGAAUGUGUGAGUGCUGGAUCAAAACAGUUACAUUCUAUUAGUAGUGUGGCCUUAUGACUAUGAAUGCCCAGUGUACAACUGUUGAAGGAAUGCUUGAUUCUCAAAUGAUCAUCUCAAUAAAGUAUUUCAUGUUGGUGAAA